GCUCUAUAAUCGUGCUUUUCAGUUUCCUUGAGUCGUAGUAAGUUACUACUUUGCAACCAGACACAUUCAAUUUACAAGAUUUAUAACAACAAACCUGUUUAAAUAAUAUAGCGUGCAGUCUUAGUUUGAUAUAAUAGCUCAUCUACCACUUUGUUUAGCAUUAUUGAUUUUAAUUAUUGUGUUCAUUAGUCUGUGAUAAUAGGAAGUGUUCUCUCAACUUCAAUAAUGCCCGACACCUUCACGUGUAUCACUUGCCAGGUGAUAUUUAAAACACCUGAACUGCAACGAGAACAUUAUAAGUUGGAUUGGCAUAGAUACAACUUGAAAAGGAAAGUAGCUUCUAUCCCGCCCGUUUCACUGGAGGAAUUUGAACUUCGAUUGAAGGAGCAUAAGGAACAGGAGAAUGUUACUUUUGACGAAUCACAGUAUUGUAAGUAUUGUUCGAAAUUGUUCAAUACAAGAAAUGCAUACAAUAAUCAUUUAAAUAGCAAGAAGCACAAGUUGGCUCAAGAAAAAUAUGAGACUGAAGAGCAUAGUGAUACGGAUAGCUUUGUGAAAGUGGAAGCUGGUCAACCCUCCAAUCAGCCUGGAAAGUUUGUUGUUAUAAACCCAGAUGAUUCUGGAGAUGAGGAUGUUGAAACGGAUUCUGAAAUCGAAGAGUUGGACUCUGAUGAGUGGGAAGAAUGUAGAAUCAAAGGCAGUGACUCUCUUAUAAAGCCUCGUGACUGCUUGUUCUGUUCCCACCACAGCAAAAAUAUGGUCAAGAACUUGAAGCAUAUGUCCGUGGCACAUUCAUUUUUCAUUCCUGAUGUUGAGUACUGUGUUGAUGUUAAAGGUCUCCUCCUGUAUUUAGGGGAAAAGAUUUCUCAAGGAUACAUGUGUCUUUGGUGCAAUGACACAGGCAAGACUUUCUACUCUAUGGAAGCUGCCCGGGCUCAUAUGGUGGACAAAGGCCAUUGUAAGAUGCUGCAUGAAGGACUAGCUUUAGCAGAAUAUUCAGAUUAUUAUGACUACAGCCCUUCAUAUCCUGACAAUAAAGCUGAGGAGGGAAUGGAGGUGGACGAAGAAGUGGAAGGGCCAGCAGCAUUGGAAGGUGACGACUUUCAACUGGUGCUCCCGUCGGGCGUCAUUGUUGGUCAUCGGUCACUUAUGAAAUAUUACAAACAGAAUUUAUCACAGAAUAGCCAAGCUUUAGUGACGAAAUCUGACCGUAAGCUACAUCGACUCCUAGGAGUAUAUAAAGCACUGGGUUGGGCGCCGAAAGAACAAGCAGCUGCGGCAAAGAAAGCACGAGACAUCCACUUCAUGAAGAGGGUGCAAGCAAAAUGGCAAAUGAAGCUUUCAUUGAAAAACAAUAAGUUCCAGAAACAUUAUCGACCUCAAGUAAACUUCUAAAUUGUUAUAUUGUUAGAUAAUUUUGUUUUAAAUUGAUUCAUUACAUCUACAUAACUCUUUGUAAGUAGUUGACAUUUGUUAAAUAAAAAAAUAUUGUAACUGCCUGGAUAUGGAUGAAUAGUUCACUCUGCAUCAAACCUAAAAAGAGGUUUUUGCUAAACAAUACCCCUUGGUGUUGUAUAGCCCCUGUUUCACCACUUUCUGUAAGUAUCUGAUGAUAAGUCUUUAUGUAACAUAUCGAACAGACAGUGUUGGAAAUUGUGUUUCACAAGUAUUGGAUAAGGCUAAUUAGCCAAUCAUAUCAUGCAUAUUUAUCUAGCAGUUUGUUUUAUCUGUCAGAUUAAAGUAUAAUACUUUAUCAGACAGUGGUGAAUCGGGCCUUAAUUGUUCGAGAUACAAGGUGAUGUAAUCGUCAUAGCUUUUCUUUUCAAAUCGUUAGUCCAAACUUGUGUAGAGUGAUUUAAGUAUGAGUGUGUGUGUAUGUAUCGUGAUAGAGAUAGAUGGCAACGGAAGGAUUUUCCUAUUGUUGAAUUACUACAGAUAGACACUUCAUUUUAUUUACUUUAGAAAAUCAAGCUCAUAUUCCUAUUACUUUGAUGUAAAUAUGUAAAGGACUUAAAAUAUUCACCACAACUUAUUUUCAAUUUUGCUACAAUAUUAGCCACAGCUUUUGGGUACAAAUAUUUGCUAUGAAUUUAUAAUAGAAAUGUUUUAUGAAUGUGGCGAAAACCAACCUGGUGAUAUCACGUCAGUUUGUUUUUUCUUUUUAUCUUCAUGAAAUAAAAAAAAAAUGUAGAAUAAAAUUAAUAACAAAAAUAGAUGUUUAGGAGUUGUUUGAUAAAUAUUGUGAUGAGAAUGCAUGUAAUAUGGAAUGAUGAAUGUCCUCGUAUGAAAGAUUUAAAUUUGGGCACAUCACAGUAGAUCUGCCUUAUUACUUCUUUUGAGAAAUACAUUGUCAUUUAAUUAGGAUGUUGAUUUAUUGUUUGAUCAAAAUAUAAUUUUGACAAAAUGUUAUUUUUUCUUACAAAUCUGUUUAUAUAGUUUUAAUAUUCGAUGUUUCAUGUGCAUCUUUUUUGUAAUUGUAGUGAAACUGACACAGUUUUUAUAAAUAUUAUCGAGGUCAAGAUGAAGCAAUCAAUUUAUUGAACUGUUCUUGCAUUAAUUCAUUCGUCAUUAAUGAAAAGUAUGAAAUCGUGUUCUGAAAAUACGCCAGAAAAGCACCAAAAAUAAAUGGUACUAUUUAAGAACAAAAAAAAAAAGAAUAAAUUAUAAAACACC